GGCCACGGCACGCGCCAUUUGUCCACCCGCGUCCCUCCUCUCCUUUUCCUUUGCGUCCUCUCUCUGCUUUGGUUGCUUUCCUUUGCCUGCUGCCGCUUGCUUCGCCGCCUCGUGUCUUCUGCUGCUGCUCCUUCCGUGCCGUCGAAGCAUCUUUCCCCUCCCACCACCUCUGCGUCUUCGGCUCCGGGUGAGCACAGACAAAAUCCUGCCCUUUCCGUGCUCUCGCGCAUUUCCUUUCUUGGUGGUCUGGGACUGGAAGAGGAAGAGGAAGAGGAAGAGCGUCUGCAGUUUCUGAUUCCUGUUUCCGUUUCCUCCCGCUUCAAAUCUUCAAAUCUGCGUCUGCCAAGCUUGGAGGUUUUCCGUUUUGGUUACAAGAAGCCAAGGGAAGGACGAAGGAGGGCGGCCGCCGGGCAGCCCCAGCCAAGCAUGGGGAAGCCGCCGGGGGCCAAGAAUCCGCCGUCGGACGGCGACGAGGCGGUGUUCCUGGAGCUGUCGCGGGAGCUCAAGGACGAGGCCACGCGGCUGUUCAACCGGGGCGACUUCGAGGGCGCGGCGUUCAAGUACGACAAGGCGGCGCGGCUGCUCCCCGCGGGGCCGCGCGUGGAGGCGGCGCGCCUCCGUGCCAGCGUCGCGCAGUGCUACAUGCGGAUGCGCCCCGCGGAGUUCCACCGCGGCAUCCACGAGUGCAACCUCGCGCUGGAGGCCGCGCCCCGGUACAGCAGGGCGCUGCUCCGCCGCGCCGCCUGCUUCGAGGCGCUGGGCAGGGCCGACCUCGCGUGGGGCGACGUUCGGACGGUGCUGCGGUGGGAGCCUGGCAACCGCGCCGCGCGCCAGAUCUCGGAGAGGGUCAGGAAGGCGUUGGAGGAGAAGGGUGUCUCGGUUGCCUUGGAUGACGAGGAUGUGGUGCAGCCGGAGGAUGAGGAUGAGUUUGGUAGCGCCAAAGGAGAGGAAAAGAGCAAGAAAUCUCAUGACAAGCGUUUGGAUUCGGUUGCAGUGGAAAAGAAGGGGGUAAAUGGAAAUCAUAUCGCGGCUCCACUGGACUCUGCUUCCACGGAGAAGCAGGCUGACCUGAGACAGACAAAUGGGAUAGGGAAUCAUCAGCAUCAUACUGAAGAUAGUGAAUCCAAUGGUCUCGAGAAGCUAGAACAAAGUAACAUGGGCAACAAGCGAGGUGGACACACUGCUGGAAAGAAACCGAGGCAUGGCGAGAGCAAGCAGCAGAAGCAUUCUGCAGUCAAGCCAGUGAAUCAUUGUGAGGACAACAUUGGUGUCAAGGAGGAAGCGAUGAAGGAUGUCAAAUUGGUGUUUGGAGAGGACAUCAGGUGUGCUCGGAUGCCAGUUAACUGCUCUCUGUCGCAACUGAGAGAAAUAGUUCAGAACAAGUUCCCGUCAUUGAAGGCGUUUCUGAUCAAGUAUAAAGACAAAGAAGAAGACUUGGUGACAAUAACCUCGUCCGAGGAGCUAAGCUGGGCAAGCAAUCUGGCAGAUUUGGAAGGGCCAAUCCGAUUAUAUGUUGCAGAGGUUAAUCCUGUGCAAGAGCUUGGUGUCGAUUGUGUCAGGAGACGUCCUUCCUUUGCCACGUUAGAGAGAAACCGUGAUAUCAUGUUGGAUAACGGGACAGUUUGGCAUGAUGUUGAACAUAAGUAUCACGCUGAUGACUGGAUGGUACAGUUUGCCCAGAUAAUCAAGAAUCAUGUGGGUUUUAGUUCUGAUGCAUAUCUGGAUCUCCAUGACCUUGGCCAGAGACUGUACUAUGAGGCUAUGGAAGACGCAAUAGAGAGUGAAGAAGCACAGGAAAUGUUUGAAGUUGCAGAGUCCAAAUUUCAGGAGAUGGCAGCACUGGCAUUGUUUAACUGUGGCAAUGUCCACAUGUCUCGUGCAAGAAAAAGACCAUGCUUGCCUGAAGAUUCUUUACAGGAAUUUAUACUUGAGCAAGUCAAAGUUUCAUACGAUUGGGCAUGUACAGAAUAUGCCAAAGCUGGUGCAAUGUUCGAUGAAGCUGUUAAAACUAAAUCUGAAUUUUUUGAAGGUCUUAUUGCUCUUGGUCAGCAGCAAUUCGAGCAGGCCAAACUCUCUUGGUAUUAUGCUCUUGCAUUUAAGAUAAAUAUGGAAACUGAAGUUUUGGAGUUGUUCAACCAUGCAGAGGAUAAUAUGGAAAAGGGAAUGGAUAUCUGGGAAAGAAUGGAAACUUUGCGCUUGAGGGGACUUUCUAAACCAAGUAAGGACAAAGUUGUACUUGAGAAGAUGGUCUCAGAAGGUUUUGUGAAGGAUAUAUCAGCAGACGAAACGUUUGAAGAGACUUCAAGCAUACGAUCACAUAUAUACAUCUUGUGGGGAACCAUCCUUUAUGAACGUUCAGUAGUUGAAUUCAAUUUGGGACUUCCUAGCUGGGAGGAGUCGCUGACUGUUGCCAUGGAAAAAUUUAAGAUCGGAGGUGCCUCUCAAGCUGACAUCAAUGUGAUUGUAAAGAACCAUUGUGCUAAUGAAACCACCCAAGAAGGACUCAGUUUUAAGGUUGAGGAGAUAGUUCAGGCGUGGAAUGAAAUGUAUGAUGCUAAAAGUUGGAGAAGUGGACCCCUGUCUUUCCGCCUUCAACCAAUAUUUCGACGUAGAGCUCCAAAGUUGCAUCAUAUACUGGAGCAUCUGCACUAUGCAUAACUCCUAACUACUAUUGUAUCAGGUUUGUUCAACUUUGAAGCUUUGUUGCACUUACUCAUGGAAAAAAGGAAUAAAAGGAAAAGAAAAAGCAUAUUCUAUGCAUUAUCAAGUCAUAGAUUUGCUCAUUCUAAGAAAAAAAAGAUUUGCUGACUCUUGUGGUUGGCUGACCAUGUAGCUUGCAUUUUGCUGUAAAGUUUACUGGGUUUCUAAUCAUCUAUGUAGUAGGUGGCAUUAUAUAUCCUCCCUUGAGGGAUAUUUUGCAUAGUGCUACACUUCCUUCUGUUUUACUUGUGGAAGUGCUAAAAAGAGAGGCUUUGUACUCUUAGGUCACUAUAGGAAUGGUAGACUCAUGUAUUUUACUUAGAGAGUUUGUUAGUAGAUCACCCAAAGUAUGUUACACUUUAACGGCAUGUGGAUAAUUGAUGUUCAAAACAGUCAUUGUAACUUGUAGCACAGAUGCUAGAGCAUAGUGCCUUUUAAAUUGUUCUUAACAUACUGUAUGUUUUUAUUGCCAAGCUACUGUCAGAUAAAUGGCCUUAUGUUA